AUGAGUAAAUCGCAAAGUAAAGAAUUUUUCAAGAAAAAACAACGUGGUCAAAAUAAAAAGAAUAGUUCUACUGCUGUUGGUAUUGGUAUUGCUGGUUCAGCAAUGAGCAAUGUGGUACAAGGUAAAACAUAUCAUAUUCAAACAUCUCAUGGAAGUACAGCUGGUUUGCUUGUCGGUGGUGAAGAUCCAGCUGUUGUUGUUAUUAGUCCACAUCCACCUCCAACAAUACAUCAAACAAAAGAAAAACGAACAAAAAUCUGUUGUUUAUUGUGA